UUAUUAAUAUCGAGGUCAAUUAGUAAACUCAUAAAUCGGUAAUAUCAAAUACUUGCUCCGCUUUUUUUAUUUAUGAUAACGUCUCUCAAUUUAUGGUAUCUAAUAAACAAUAUUGACAAUAAAGAUCAUUAAAUAUCUAUAAUCCUACACAAUUUGACAUUAUUUCUAAUAACUUCUCACACAAUAAGAAUACAUCUAUACUUAUAUUAAAAUUCGCUUCUAAAUAAAGAACUGUUCCACGUGACAUUCUUCAUUAUUUUCUAAUCAAUAUAAUUGAUAUACAAUAAAAAAAAAUUAAAAAAAUACUUUAUAUAAAAUUUAAUAUCAUCACCUCAAACUCAUAAAUUAAAGUAUUAAUCACUUAACCAACUCAUAAUUAUAAAUGAAAAAUAUCAUUAUGCGGAGAUUGGGAUUUGGGCGUAGUCCGAGCCUAAAAACAAAACAAGAGUUGACAAUAAGAAGAAGAGUCACAAAAUAACCCACCAAUAGAAAUUAAUUUGACGGACCCUGUCUUCUUUCUUCUCUCUCCAUUUCUUCUUGCUACCACCACUACUCUUCUCUUGCUUAUUGCCAAAAAAACUAAAUCAAAUUCAAGAAACCGAUACUUUGCGGCAAAAUUUCAUCAACUUCGAUCAAAUUUCUACAUAUUUCCAGUUAAUUUGCAACUGUGAAGCUUCUUCUUUGCACAAAUUCAAUCAUUUGUAACAGAUAGGAAAAGACAGGAAGAGAAUUGUGAAGUAGGAUGGAUAGUCACAGUGAACGAGUGCAGCUUAAUAGCUUCCAUCCUAAUGGUCUAGUACCGAAGGGAGUUUCUGCAGUUACUAGACCGCUUGAGCCAGGAAGAUGGGCUAUCGCUGAAGAGAGGACUGCUGAACUUAUAUCACAAAUUCGGCCGAAUUGGACGUCUGAGAAGCAUAGAGAUGAUGUGGCAUCCUACGUACAGAGGCUCAUUGGGAAAUGUGUGCCUUGCCAGGUGUUUACUUUUGGUUCUGUACCGCUUAAGACUUAUCUACCAGAUGGGGAUAUUGAUUUAACUGCUUUCAGUGAAGACCAUAAUGUGAAAGAUAAUUGGGCUAAUAGCGUUCUAGAUAUGCUGAGAAAGGAAGAACAAAAUGAGCAUGCUGAGUUCCAGGUGAAGGAGGUUCAGUACAUUCAAGCUGAGGUUAAGAUAAUAAAGUGCCUUGUAGACAACAUCGUGGUGGACAUAUCUUUCAACCAGCUUGGUGGUUUGUGUACACUUUGUUUUCUUGAAGAGGUUGACAACUUGAUAAAUCACAACCAUUUAUUUAAGCGGAGUAUCAUAUUAAUCAAGGCCUGGUGUUAUUACGAGAGUCGUAUAUUGGGGGCUCAUCAUGGGCUUAUAUCAACUUAUGCUUUGGAAACCUUGGUUUUGUAUAUCUUCCAUGUUUUUGACAAUUCCUUUGCUGGCCCGCUUGAGGUGCUAUAUCGUUUCAUGGAGUUCUUUAGUAAAUUUGAUUGGGCCAACUUCUGUGUCAGCCUCUGGGGUCCAGUACCAAUUUGUUCGCUUCCCAGUAUGGCAGCUGAUCCUCCUCGAAAGGAUGGGGCAGAGUUACUGCUGGACAAAGUGUUCCUUAAUGCUUGUAGUACAGCAUAUUCUGUUUUCCCUGUAGGUCAAGAUAAUCUUGAACAGCCUUUCAUAUCCAAACAUUUCAACGUUGUUGAUCCAUUGCGUAUAAACAACAACCUGGGCCGUAGUGUGAGUAAAGGUAACUUUUAUAGAAUUCGCAGUGCCUUCAGUUUUGGGGCUCAACAGCUAGGCAGAAUACUCGAGUGCCAGGAAGAGAAAAUAGUGGCUGAAGUGAAUCGGUUCUUUCUGAACACAUGGGACAGACAUGGGAAGGGUUUGCGUCCUGAUGCACCCACUCUUGACACGAUUUACUUACGACAGGUUGACUCCAAACAUGAUGGAGAUUGCAGAAAUCGUGAAGUUACUGCAAGUGUAACAGAGAACUUCAUUAGCCAGCAUCCUCAGAUUGAUGAAUCCCAUAUAAUUCAGCCUACUACCAUUCCUUUCAAUCAGGUAGCUGCGGCCAUUGACAUGCAUAAAGAUUUGCAUUCUCCUAGACAGGAGGAUUAUGAGGAAGAAUCAAGAACUCAGAUGUCUUCUGGUCGGGAUCAAUAUUACACUCAGAAGAAAAUCCCUACUAAGAAGCAACAGAAUGAAAGAGAGAAACUUUGCAGGGCGGAUAUCUUGCAAAAAAGAGGACACCCCAUACCUCAGUUUGCUAGGACGUCCUCUAGUCCUGAGCUGACGAGCAUGUCUAGUGAAGCUGCAUCUCCACGCAGGCAUAAUGUGGCCACAGAAAGGGUGAAAGAGGCCACUUGUUCGAGAUUUGAGUAUCAUAGAAGAACGAAAGGCUCUGGCGUGAUGAAGAAUCAUGUUGUAAAUUGCUUUACGAAUGAACCUCGUACAAGAGAGGGCUCAUCUGACCUUAGCCGUUGUGCUCCUCAUUCAAGCCAUCCAUCUGACUGCCACGCUUUUAAACCUGUUUCAAGUUCCACAAAGUCGGUUAUUUCUUCGUGUGAUGAACCAAGUCAGAGACUUGUGGAGGGGCAAGACUACAUGAACCCAAUGUCUUCAUCUGGGGUUCAGAAAUAUGGUGUGCAUGUGAAGAUGCCUGUGAAUGUAGCUUCUCAUCCUUUUGUUUCAAUCCCGUCUUCCAUACCGGGAUAUAGACCCCAAAAUUAUGUUGGCACAAUGGCAUCGAAUGUGUCAGUUCUUCAGUCUGAUUGGGUCAAUGUUAUGCAUCAUUCCAAUGGUCCUUCUUUGGCACCUUCUUAUUGGAAAGUUAAUUCUGUUGGAGUCAGACAUGAAGAAGAAAUAACGGAAGGAUUGAAUGAUGGAGCAGUAUCACUAGAAGUUGAUCAUCGGGAUGAUGACCAUAGUUUCUGGACUGACGGUAAUGCUGAUUCUAUGAGAGAAGUUGAUCUUGAAAGUGGGGAGUUUUCUACUGCUAGUUCGAGAUUAUCACCUGCUUCUCCUGCUAGUUCUUAUAGGACAAAGGCAUCUUCAGAAAGUUCUUGGGAUGGGAAACCAUCUAAAAUAAACAAUGCUGUGAGAUGCGCAGUGACAAAGAAGUCAAGUUCUUCCAAAUUUUCCCCGGUAGGUAAUAAUAAACGGUUAGAUGAUGGAGGACCUCUUGAUCAUCCUUAUGAGGAUGUCGAUGAUAAUUCUGCUGCCCCGUCCACAGCUUUCACACAUGCGGAGGUUCAUCAGUUGCCUGGAUUUGCCCAAGAUUGUACGAAUUAUCCAAAUUCAGGGUUGCCAUUUUCUCCUUUGAUGGUACGUCCUGGUUUCCAGCAGGGUGUGAGUCAUAGUAAUGCAGUUUUACCAUUUGCAUUUUUUCCUGCUGGACCAGGUGUUCCUUUUUUCGCAAUGGUACCUCUAUACAAUAUGAGUGCGGAAUCAAGAAACUCUGGGAAACCUGACAGCCAUGAUGAUACGGAGAUGGAGAAGCCUACCUUCCCGACGACUCACUCUAGUCAUAGCUUUUCAGCAAAGGGGAUAGAGCAGUUGAGCCAUAGCAAUAGUAUUGGCUCAACAAAGAGAAUCAUGUCCGAAAAACACACUGAUGAGUUUGGGCCUGACAUUUUCAACGGUGACUUUGAUAGCCACUGGAUAAAUCUCCAGUAUGGGCGUCUCUGUCAAAAUCUACAAGUGCAGCAUCCUUUUAUCCACCCCCCCUCUAUUUUUAUACCCCCAUUACACGUGCAGGGAAAUACCCCAUUUGAGGCUCCUCGAUCACCAUAUCCUCAAAGUUCUAAUAACUUUACUCAUCCAGUUCCUGUUUCAGCUGAGCAACCACUUUCCAGUAAGCCUGCUGGUGUUUCGAGGCAGUAUGGUGGCGAAUUACCUAAACACCGCAAUGGAACUGGAACUUACUUUCCAAAUCCAGUUCUCAAGGAUUGCCAUAUUUCGACCUCUAGGCAGUAUCAAGGGGACUCCAAAAAUAGAAAUGAGUACCAUGGGGAAAGGGAAGCAAAUUGGAAUUACAGCUCGAAGCCGCGAUUUGCUGGCCGUGCUCAACCUCGAUAUCGCUAUGAUAAGCGGAACUCAAAGAUGGACCCCUCAGUUGCUACUAGUUCCCAAACUGAUAGAGCUUGUGACACCUUUCGGAAUAAGUCCUCUCAAUUAAAUCGCUCUCCAAAAGACCCAUCUUCUUGGAGACCUACAUGGAAUGGCCAUUACGAUGCUGAUUAUCCAGUGUAUCAGAUACAUUCUGAGUACCAUAAUCAGGUUUCUCAAUCUGGCGAUGCUCUUCCUCCAUUUGUUAUGCUAUAUCCUUAUCCUCAGACCAUUGCUUAUGGUUCCCAGGUUGAACCUCUACAGUUUGGUUCUGUUGGACCAGAGCAUUUUGAAGGAACAGAUGAGGUACAACAGCUCAGUGGAUACACAAAAGGAUAUGACCUUGAGCUUCAAAAUUAUCAGGGAGAUACAGGACCUCCUUCGCCAGAUUGUGCGUCUUCCCCAAGGUUCCUCUGUGAUGAAGGAAUCUGAUCUUUUGGAAUAUUGAGCUUGACGCAUGGGUUCUUCUGCUGGCGCGUCAUCUGUGCCAGUAAAUCUGUGUUUUUGGGACCUGCUUCGGCAGCCUUUUGCCCGGACCACAAUAUGGAGAUUUUGGAUGUUAGAUGCAGCACCUGCAUAUUCCGUGAAAGGGUCAAUCUCUAACUCUGAGAUUUGCACCUUGGUAAGUCACUUCAAGAGCACCAGAUCUUCUCUGAUUAACAUUGAUGAAGGAUUGAGUGAGACAUAAUUGGUAAGAUCAUCCAUCAUUUAGCGUUUCUCCAAGGAUAGAGCUAUGGAGCUGGAAAAUUUUAGGGAUCAGGUCGCUGGUCUCGAAAUGGGGACGGGGAGCUUCCAUGCUAGUGUAGAACAGCGCUUUUCGGGGAAAUGCAAGGCCUGUUUGCCCUUGAAAUAGCUGCUUUCAGUUGUAACUGUAAGUUGUAGCGUAAUCCAGCCAUCAUUGUAAUGGAAGUUGUUCUAAUCUGAAUCAUACAGCUAGUUCAAUCCCAAAGCAAAGUGUUGCUACUUUCGUUGAAGUUGUUUCAAGCUUUUCUUUUCUUUUCUUUUUUUAGUUUCUAGUUUUUAUUUUUUAUUUUUUUAUUUUUUAUUUUCAAAUAAAAUCAUAAAACAAAAUUAUUAAAUCAUCGGAAGAACUAAGAAGUAGCCCCACUUUCUUUGUUUCCAGACAGAAAUAAGAAUCAUAUAUUGUAUCAUAUUUAACCUUUAAAGUACCGAUUUAAAAUAAAACACUAUACUUAUUUACAAGA